AUGGCCUUGAUAAAACAUGCUUUUCUGAAUUAUCCUUGCCUGAUCAAGCCAGAGGUGAUCAAGAAUCAUGACAGUGUGGGCAUCCCAGUAGCAAAAUUCGUGGGCAAUUCGAGGUCCGAUGGUCGAAAUCUUAGGCGCUUUUUGAGGGUGAAUGCAACAACAGGCCCUCCAAGAAAUGUUCAAACAAUUAAUGGAAACAAAGUAAAUGGGAUUUAUGUUGAUGGGAUACCAUCUUUUGCACAAGAACAGUGUCCAUCGGUGAAAGAAAAUAGCAAUGAGGAGCCAAAUCAUGAGUAUCUUCUUGGAAGAUUCGUUGAAGACAGGUUUGUGUAUAGACAGUCGUUUAUUAUCAGGUCCUACGAAAUUGGACCAGAGAAGACUGCGACCAUGGAAACCAUUAUGAAUCUUCUUCAGGAGACAGCUCUGAAUCAUGUAACAAGCUCUGGUGUGUCUGGAAAUGGUUUUGGUGCAACUCGUGAGAUGAGCCUCCGGAAACUCAUAUGGGUGGUCACUCGCAUUCAUAUCCAAGUCGAGAAAUAUAGCUCCUGGGGCGAUGUUGUUGAGAUUGAUACUUGGGUAGCUGCAGCAGGUAAGAAUGGAAUGCGUCGAGACUGGGUAAUUCGAGACUACAACACCCAAAAGAUUAUAACAAGGGCAACAAGCACAUGGGUGAUAAUGAACAGAGAAACAAGAAGGUUAUGUAAAAUCCCAGAUGAAGUAAGAGAAGAAGUCCAGCCCUUUUACUUGAACAGAGUUUCAAUAUCCACAGAAGAUACCGAUAGCGAAAAGAUCGAAAAAUUGACUGAUGAAACAGCAGAAAGAAUCCGAUCAGGUCUAGCUCCUCGAUGGAAUGACAUGGAUGCUAACCAGCACGUCAAUAAUGUCAAAUACAUAGGAUGGAUUUUGGAGAGCGUGCCCAUCAAUAUCUUAGAGGACUAUAAUCUCACAAGCAUGACAUUAGAAUAUAGACGUGAAUGCACUCAAUCCAAUGUUCUCGAGUCCCUAACAAGUAUGAAACCAGACGGAAAAGAUGACCAAGAAGGCAGCUCAAAAUUGGUAGUAAAGAAUGAUAAGAAAGGUUGGGAAUGCACGCAUUUGCUUCGCAUGGAAGCUGAUCAGGCAGAGAUAGUCCGAGCAAGAUCAGUAUGGCAGUACAAACAACAUCGCCUUAUCAUUUGAUUUUCAAGCCAAAUCCAUAGUAUGGAUCUACAACGAUUGCUUUUGCUUUUCUUUAUACCGUCUUAGGUUCCUUUUUUGUUUCUUCAUUUUUCCCUUUUUGGUAGUGUCUUCCACUAUUGGAACCCAUACACAGGUCCUUUCUUGAA